GACACCUCUGCAAAACACAUUUUUUUUCUGUUGUUGGACACGCAUCUCUGGAAUUAGAGUGUUCGUCUUCUUUUUUUUAUCAUUCAGCUAAAGGUUGAGCAGAGAACAGAGAAAAGUUGUCAUCAUGGCAUUAAUGAUACUGCCAUUCAUUGGAGCACUCUCAGUGUCUGAGGGUUUGAUAGCCUUGGUGACGGUGUGCUUGGUCUACCUGACCCUUAAGCAUUUCCGCAGAGAGAUCCCAGAGGGGCUACGUCGACUCCCCGGCCCGAUGCCACUUCCUAUCAUUGGGAAUUUUCUGGAGUUGGGAAGCAAGCCUUACCUAAGUCUUACUGAAAUGAGCAAGCGCUUCGGAGACGUGUUCCAGAUUCAGCUCGGCAUGCGUCCCGUGGUCAUUCUGAGUGGUUAUGAAACAGUUAAACAAGCUCUCACCAAACAGGGGGACGACUUUGCCGGCAGGCCAGACCUGUACAGCUUCCGCUUCAUCAAUGAUGGAAAGAGUCUGGCCUUCAGCACGGACAAAGCUGGCGUUUGGCGGGCUCGCAGAAAGCUUGCCUACAGUGCACUGCGUUCUUUUUCCUCCCUGGAGGGAAAGCUCCCAGAGUACUCCUGUGUGCUGGAGGAGCACAUCUGCAAAGAGACUGAGCAUCUGAUCAAGGAACUCCAUAAUGUCAUGACAGCGGAAGGCAAAUUUGACCCUUUCCGCUACAUAGUUGUUUCUGUUGCCAAUGUGAUCUGUGGCAUGUGCUUUGGCCGACGUUAUGACCAUCAUAACCAGGAGCUGCUGAGCUUGGUAAACCUCGCCGAAGAUUUUGUCCAGGUGACAGGCAGCGGCAACCCAGCAGAUUUCAUCCCUGCUCUGCAGUUUCUGCCCAACAAGUCAAUGAAGAAGUUUGUCAACCUCAACAACCGCUUCAACAACUUUGUUCAGAAGAUCGUCAGUGAGCACUACUCCACCUUUGACAAGGACAACAUCCGCGACAUCACAGACUCCUUAAUAGAUCACUGCGAGGACCGGAAGCUCGAUGAGAACUCCAACAUCCAGAUGUCAGAUGAGAAAAUUGUUGGCAUUGUCAACGACCUCUUUGGAGCUGGUUUCGACACCAUCUCUACCGCUUUGUCAUGGGCAGUGAUGUACCUUGUGGCUUAUCCAGAGGUUGAGGAAAGGCUUUAUGAAGAAAUCAAGGAGAAAGUCGGUCUGGAUCGUACUCCUGUUAUGUCUGACAGAAGCAACUUGCCUUUACUUGAGUCUUUCAUUCUGGAGCUCUUUCGUCACUCUUCAUACCUGCCUUUCACAAUCCCACACUGCUCUACAAAAGAUACAUCUCUGAACGGCUACUUCAUUCCCAAAGACACCUGCGUGUUUGUCAACCAGUGGCAGAUAAACCACGACCCAGAGCUCUGGAAAGACCCGUCUAUGUUCAUCCCAGACCGCUUCCUCAGCGCUGACGGCACAGAGGUAAACAAGCAAGAGGGAGAGAAGGUGCUUAUUUUCGGCUUGGGAAGACGGCGGUGCAUCGGUGAGGUUAUCGCACGAAACGAAGUCUUCCUCUUCCUGGCAAUUAUCAUCCAGAAACUUCACUUUUACAAGUUGCCCGGAGAGCCCGUGGACAUGACCCCGGAGUAUGGCCUCACGAUGAAGCACAAACGCUGUUACCUGGGAGUCGCAAUGAGAGCUAAGGACGUGCAGUGAAGCUCUGCAUUAUUUAGAAUGUAAGACUUUGAAGGUGGCCUAUCUUGACUGUGACACUGUAGAUUAAGAGUUACAUUAAGUUUGAGUGAAAUAAGUAUAUUUCUAAGAAUGGAGGACACUGGAUGACCUUAAUUUAUAGAGCUAACAGCAUUGAGGCAAAUCCAAGAAAUUUGCUUGAUGCAGACUGCAAGACAUGUCUACAUUUAGGUUCAUUGCUUUGUAGUUUGAGGCUCUGCAAAGUAACAUUCCUACACGUUGUCUCUGCUUCUAAAUGAAGAACAAAAAGGUGGAUGCUUCGCUGUCGUGUAGUCCUGUAAUCUAAAAGCAAUCCAUGCAGAAGUGACUAAGCAGACAAGAGUUUUUGGAUUGAGAGUAAAUUUUAUAGGCAUUACCAUGAAGGGCACUGCAAUGUGUGCAUUGUAACAGAAAACUCUGGAGCAAACAGAUAUUACAGUAUGACACCAUUCACGUUUGUAAGCUAAUUAUUUUUCAUUUCAUUAUACUGUAAAUGCCAAUCCUGAAGCUAUAUUUGUAUCCCUAAAUGUGAUUAUUUGUGUAUGUGUGUCUGUAUUUUCUUAUAGGUCAUUUUUUUUUUAUGAUCCAAGCAUUUUGUUUAUGUUUGAGGUGAACUACUUAUCUGUGCCAAAAAAUGAUUUAUCAGGGCAGAUCAAAUGAUUCUGGAAAAAUUAUCACAAUGCUGUACAAUUUUAUAUAUCUUAUGUAUCAUUCAUUGUAAAAGAAAAAAAAAUGUCAGGGUUUGAGUUAUUUUAUGAACAGAAAUAAAAUUGAAUGCUCUACGGAUAA